CAGGGCCAUCGUUCUUCUAAAUGUAAACAUACUGAUCGCCCCAUAUAUGAAAUUCGUAAAAAGGGCCGACCUGUUACCCAAUGCACUUAUUGUAGAGAACUCAGAAAGACCCGCCAAAUCCAUAUCAAGUGUCCUUGUAUUGACAAGCUAAAAAGUAAAUGA